AGGAGGAACGUUUGGGACGGUUUCACUCAAACUUCAGUAAAAAAAAGAGGACAAGAGGAGGACAUGCCGGCUCAUCGGGAACACUGUCACAUGACUUUCUCACAGACACAGGGACCUCACUCUGCUUCAUCCAAGCCUCAAACGCUCUGUAGGAUGUCUGAGGGGGACAUCACGGUGCUGCCAUUUGGACCUGCGUCUCUGGACCUGUCCAGGCAGGAGCACCGGACACUAACCAGACUCUACAGCCAGAACGGAGGAUAUCACCUGAGGAUUUUAGCAGAUGGAACAGUGAGUGGUGGCAGGCAGGAAAAUGACCCCUAUGACGUCUUGAGGCUGAAGGCUGUGAGUGUAGGAGUGGUGGUCAUCAAGGGCGAGAUAACAGGAAGGUACCUGGCCAUGAACAAAAAUGGACGCCUCCACGGAUCACAAACACUGAAUGAUGAGUGUUACUUCCUGGAGAAGUAUGAAGAAAACCACUACAACACAUAUCGCUCCCAGAAGUACAACUGGUAUGUUGGGCUGAAGAGGAACGGCCAACCCAAAGCAGGACCAGACACCCACCAGGGUCAGAAGGCCAUCUUUUUCCUGCCAAGGCCUGCGGGCAACAUGUAAACAAGACGGUACCAGGAACCGUGGAUACGCUCACUGAAGUCUUGUUAUGCUGGGCAAAGUAUCGCAUUUAAAGGGUCACGUAAAAUCAGAACAACAGGGCGGUGAAGCCUGAGGCAAACACAUAAUGCUGUUUUUACAGUUAGAAUGAGCUCUAUUUCAAUGUAAAUAAAAUGUUUGUUCAUUCCUCUUGUUUAUGCAGGAAAUAUGUGAUUCCAGCUCAUCUAAGCAGCCGAUUAUACUCUAUAUGAUCAUCACAGAUAUAUGAGUUUAUACCCAGAAUACUUUCUGCCUACAAGCACAAAAACACCCUCUGACUGCAGACAGAAAAUGUGUGCGGUGUCAGUACGUGUCCGGCUUGAUAAAUGAGUGUUCGCAUGAAAUACCAUUGCUGGAAAACAGCAAUGGGCCGCUUUUUUACACAGAAAUAGUCUUACAAUUGAUCACGUCUGGCACAAAGGAAACCAACAAGGCAGUAAACAUGAAAGAGCCGACCAUCUGGCGUUAAAAUCAAACUCAGACUUCACAGUGAAGUGAAUAAUUUUAGUAAUGUAAGUAUUUCAGUGCUUUGACGGUACAUCAGGGUGGAUGUUUGAAUGACUGACAAUCUCAUUAGUAACUAUUUUUAACCUUAAGCCUGUUUGAUGUCUGUCUUAAGAGGUCAUUUUAUAAGAGCAGAAAAAUCUGCAAAAAGAUGAAAACAGUCUAAACUUUGAAACAGCACCUUUGUUAAUGAAAGGGUUAACCAAGGCAACAUAAAACACUUGAUGAUUAUAUUAUCAUAUUGUUAUUAUGUGCCUAAGGCUGACAAUGUUGCCAAGGAAGAUGUGAAAACUGUGUUUCAGUAAUCAGUGAGGUUAUUAUUGAGUUGUAUGUUUAUGAAAAGAUGGAUUGAAGAAGAAUUCAACAUCUUGGUGACACCAAAUGCUCAAAUGUUGAUUGUUUGAGGCAGAGACGGACGAUAUAAUAUUGACCAUUCUGUCCUGGACCACAUUAAGUUUUCCUUAAAUAAGCAAAACAUCACUUUUUAUUUCUGUAAACAUAUUUCUCUUUCAUUUAUAACACGUGUUGCUGUAACUGUAUUCUAGGUCAAACUACUAUUGUGAAUAUUUAUUUGUAAAGUUUUAUUGCUGAUACACUUAAAUUUUGCUGAACGUUGUAAUGGACAUUUGCAAAAUAAUAAUUUAUACAUACAUAAUGAAGGAAGAAAGUGGUAAUAUGAUCACCUUUUCAUAUAAGUAAUACAUAUUGUAUUAAGUGUUCUUAAAUGUAAGAAAUAAAGUCUGCAUUAUUAUCAAUUAAAAGA